AUGGCAUGGCGAAGGGCGACGGGGCGGGCGAAAGAGCGGACGCCCGUGCGCGAGGCCGCGACGGCGCCGGCCGCUGCCGGUGAUCAACGGCGCGUUGGCGGGCGGUUUUGGGCGCUAGCCGAUUCCGACGACGACGACGCGGACGACGAUGGGGAUGCGUCUCCGGCGGAGUCGCCGCCCUCACCGACACCUUCGGAUCUUAUUUGUGAAUUUUUUCACUCAGGUUAUAACGAGGAUGAAGUAGCAACGACGAUUGAUCGAGUACUCCCAUCGGACGAUCCGGCGCGCAUCGGUCUUCACGCGGGCGAGAAGAACGAGAUGAUCCGACGGGUUGUUCAUCGGAGGACGGCGGCGUCGGCGCUCAGACCUUGGAAGGGUCCCUUACCUAAGGUGAGUCUUCCGAAUCUUACGCUUUUCGAUUUAAUUAGACCGGAGUCGUGGAUUACUGUAAAGAAGAGGAAGCACGCGAGGCGGAUCGACCAUCGACAGGCACCGGCAGCCCCUGUGUUGGCCGUGCCGGCGACCGGGAUCUCGGAGAUGAGAUCGGUGCGUUUGAAACGCUUACUGGGCUGCGCUGGGCCGGCUCGGAAGGAGCCGGGGCCGCGAGGAGAUGGGCCAGGGUCAGAUGGGUAUGAGGCCCAUGCUGUACCGGACCAGACUCCUGCCCGUAUUGAUUUCGCAUGCACGUACGCAGACGAUCGAACUGCUUUUCCUUUAGCGCCAUCUCCUGCUCGUUUUAGGGUUCAUAGGCGCGGCACCCGUGGAUUCCCGGCGUGUGGUGAUCGUCGGGCAAGGAGGAUCCGGCCUCUCCUGGGCAUGGCCGGACGCGGUUCUGCGGCGCAGCCGCCUCCCAAGAAGAUGGCAUCCUCUGCUCCUGCUGGACGGGGCGGGGCGGCUCCGCCGCCGGCGGCGGGCGCUGGGCGUGGAGGCCUUGCGCCGCUUGGCCAGAGGCCGCCGGCGGGCGGGGGUGUGCCGCUGGGUAACCCGGGUCGUGGCAGCAGCCACUUGGCCGUGCGGCCGCCGGGGCAACUGCCCGUGCAAACGCCGGCUGGUAGGGGCGGGCUGAGGCCUCCGGCGCCGGGUGCGGUGCCCGCCGCGCAGCCGGCUGCGAGUCGUGGUGGACCUCGGCCCCUUGCGCCGGCCGGUGUGGAUGCUGCUGGCCGGAGCGGUGCUGCUCCUGGGGGUGCGCCGACGCCUACGGGCGGUCAGCCUCGGGCAGCGCCUUCACCUCACGCCGCGAGGCCAGUUCAGAACCGGUCGGGACAGACGCAGAAUAGGCAGAAUUCUAUCGCUAAUGAGUCGCAUGCUCCACCCCGAGGCCAGUGGGGAGACGAUGGUUAUGAUGCGUAUGGAGAUGGACAACAUCGUGGUUCCUCUUCCACGGGAGGAGGUCGUGGUUACGCCUGGCAGAGUGACGGGUCUACUGAGAGACCGUUCCUCGGUCCUCCAGGUGGAUUUGUAGAAGGAGCCUCAGGUCCGGACAACCGCUAG